AGAGCAUCCCUUGGAGAGUCUGUGGAUGUGAAUUUGGUCAUGCACAGGUUAAGGCAGUGAAAGCAUUUUGCAUUCCUUGUUAUUGGCUCUGCAUCAUCUUGUCAAGCAGAACUGACUUCAGCAAUGGCUGCAUAAAUGGUGCCUAUGUGGCACAGGUCCUAAAAAAGGCUGAGGGCAAACCUCUUCCUCCACCCCUGGUGCCCCAAUCACCACCUCCCCGGACUGUCGUUUGCACUAACCAUUGUCUUUUUUUUGGCCUUUAAAAAUGUAAAUUCUCUUGAAAGUGUUCAUAUAUUAGGUAUUCAAUAUUUUCAACAUUUUUACCUCUUUUUUUGUCAAUAUGAUGAUAUAAGCAUUAUAGGGCUGUUCAGUGUUUUGAUUUAGAAAGAACUAAGGGGUCUAGGGAUGAGGAAACUGUUGAAGAAGAGGGCAGAAGAGGCACAGGCGUGCGCAAGAAACUGUUUCCAUCGCACAGUCUGGCAUGAACCUGUCUUAAUAAUCGUGGUAGCAAGGAUUCUUGGCGAUGGUGGAUCUGCCUCAGACGCAUCAAUUCUGGCUGCUUAAAACUUACUGUUCAAGGAUUGUAAACAUGGCUAAUACCCAGGACUGGUGGAGAUCGGGAUUUGUUCCUGCCUGUAACUGAAACGUGGAGUAAUGGGGAUGGGCUCUCUUCCAGCGAGAGGACCAUGGGCACCAGGAAACGUCUUGAUCCGGUGACCUCACUUCUAGGAAUCUAUCCUCAGGAAAGAAUUAAAGGCACACACAAAGACUUAUCUAUCAGGACUCACAUAGUGUUUGCUAUUUAUCCAGGUAAAAAACCAGAAAUCCCCUAAAUUUCCGUCAACAGACAGAUGGUCAGGCUUAAUUUGAUGAUCCAAGUAAUGGAAUAUGAUGGCUGAUAUUAAAAUCACGUUGUAGAAGAAUAGCUAAUAUUUGAUAAGCUGUGAAAUGCUAAUGAGAUAGCUGAGCUGAACGAUUAGAGGACAAAGCAAUUUGCAUAUGUGAAUAUGUAUAUGUGUGAAUGUGUGUCUUUGCACUCAUAUGUAUGAAUCUGACCUAAAAAUAUUCAUUUAUAUGUAGGAAAAAAACAUUGAAAGGAAAUUCUCUAAAUGUUAACAUUGGAUAUCUCUGAAUUAUAGAAUUAUGUACAGGUGCAGUUGUUUUAUGUGUUAUCUUCUGUAAUUUCCUUUAAAAUAAGUAUAAAUGUAUAGAUACAUACGGAUUUUGUAAAUGUAUAUACAGAGUUUGUUGAGACAUGGGGGAAAUCAGACAACGCGGAAAUUAGUAAAACUAGACAGUGCCCAGUCUUAGAGUGAAGUCAGAAAAACGUCAAUGCAAUUUAUCUUUUCGGAAGAGGAAAAGUCAGGAAUAAUAUAGAUCGCAUCAAUAUUUUCUGCCUUAUUGAAGUCAAAAGGAGAAAAAAUUGGGCUUUCAGCUUUGUGGACUGCCAUUUUUAUUUUCAGCCUCUGGAAAAUGUUUUUGGGCAAUCCUGAAUCUUCUCUACAUGUGAUCUGUGAGCUCUCUGGGUCACAGGCCAGGGAUUCUAUCAAGCAACAGGGCCCCAGGGCCUCCGUGGUGCUUCCCCUAUUUGCAGAGAGGAAUGGAUUUGGAACAUUGAAAAUGGUAUCUGGAUGGUGGUCUCACUCUCCUUUGCCCCAGAUGUCCAGCUCCAGGUCUAAAGAUUCCUGCUUUACAGAAAACACUCCUUUGCUGAGGAAUUCCUUACAAGAGAAAGGGUCACGGUGCAUACCUGUUUACCAUCCAGAGUUCAUCACUGCUGACGAAUCUUGGGAAGACGGCUCUGCUGAUUGGGAGCGAAGGUACCUGCUGAGCAGGGAGGUGUCUGGUCUGUCUGCCUCUGCCUCCUCGGAGAAGGGGGACCUUCUGGACAGCCCGCACGUCCGGCUCCGUCUUUCCAAGCUGAGGCGCUGUGUGCAGUGGCUGAAAGUCACGGGCCUGUUUGUCUUUGUGGUGCUGUGCUCUAUUUUGUUCAGCCUGUAUCCGGAUCAAGGAAAGCUCUGGCAGCUGUUGGCCUUGUCGCCGCUGGAGAACUACUCCGUGAACCUCAGCAGCCACGGGGACUCCACGCUGCUGCAGGUGGACCUGGCCGGGGCCCUCGUGGCCAGCGGGCCCAGUCGUUCUGGGAGGGAAGAGCGCCUCCUGGUGGAGCUGACCCAGGCCGACACUUCGGGCUCCAGGUGGCGGCGGCCACAGCAGGUCACUCACAACUGGACGGUGUAUUUAAAUCCGAGGAAAAGCGAGCGCUCCGUGAUGAGCAGGACCUUUGAGGUACUGGGCAGAGAGACGGUGUCCAUCAGCAUCCGGGCCUCCCUCCAGCAGACCCAGGCUGUCCCUCUUUUGAUGGCUUAUCAGUACCUCCACGCGAGUGUAGAAGCCCAAGUGACCAUCGCCACGGCCAUCCUCGCGGGCGUCUACGCGUUGAUCAUAUUCGAGAUCGUGCACAGAACGCUGGCGGCCAUGCUGGGUUCCCUGGCGGCGCUGGCAGCGCUGGCUGUGAUUGGCGACAGACCCAGCCUGACCCAUGUGGUGGAGUGGAUUGAUUUUGAGACGCUGGCCCUGCUGUUGGCAUGCAAAUGUGUAAACGCCACACGGUCUGCACACGCCUGUCUGCUCGGCAUGUCCAUUGUGUGCGAAGCCCCAUGUCCAACGUCAGCUCUCAGUGGCCUUUUGGAUGAUCUUAGUAGCCAUAUUUCAGAAACGGGAUUUUUCGAUUACUGUGCUGUAAAGGCAUACCGGCUCUCCCGGGGACGGGUGUGGGCCAUGAUCAUCAUGCUGUGUCUCAUCGCGGCCGUCCUCUCUGCCUUCUUGGACACGUCACCACCAUGCUCCUCUUCACGGCCUGUGACCAUAAGGUUGUGUGAGGUGCUCAACCUCGAUCCCAGACAAGUCCUGAUCGCAGAAGUGAUCUUCACAAACAUUGGAGGAGCUGCCACUGCCAUCGGGGACCCUCCAAAUGUCAUUAUUGUUUCCAACCAGGAGCUGAGGAAGAUGGGCCUGGACUUUGCCGGAUUCACUGCACACAUGUUCCUUGGGAUUUGCCUUGUUCUCCUGGUCUCCUUUCCACUCCUCAGACUCCUUUACUGGAACAGAAAGCUUUAUAACAAGGAGCCCAGUGAGAUUGUUGAACUGAAGCACGAGAUUCACGUCUGGCGCCUGACCGCUCAGCGCAUCAGCCCGGCCAGCCGCGAGGAGACUGCCGUGCGCCGCCUGCUGCUGGGGAAGGUGUUGGCCCUGGAGCACCUGCUCGCCCGGAGGCUGCACACCUUCCACAGACAGAUCUCACAGGAGGACAAAAAUUGGGAGACCAAUAUCCAGGAACUCCAGAAAAAGCAUAGGAUAUCCGACGGGAUCCUGCUCGCCAAAUGCCUGACCGUGUUGGGAUUUGUUAUCUUCGUGUUUUUCCUCAAUUCGUUUGUCCCUGGCAUUCAUCUUGAUCUUGGAUGGAUUGCUAUUCUGGGUGCCAUCUGGUUGCUAAUUUUAGCUGAUAUUCAUGAUUUUGAGAUAAUUCUACACAGAGUGGAAUGGGCAACGCUUCUGUUCUUUGCGGCGCUCUUUGUUCUGAUGGAGGCGUUGGCACAUCUCCACUUAAUAGAAUAUGUUGGAGAACAAACUGCUUUGCUAAUAAAGAUGGUUCCAGAGGAGCAGCGCCUCACGGCCGCCAUCGUCCUGGUGGUGUGGGUCUCAGCCCUGGCGUCGUCCCUGAUUGACAACAUCCCAUUCACCGCUACCAUGAUUCCCGUGCUCCUGAACCUGAGCCGCGACCCUGAGGUCGGCCUGCCCGCGCCGCCGCUCAUGUAUGCCCUGGCCUUCGGUGCCUGCCUGGGAGGUAACGGGACACUGAUUGGCGCGUCGGCAAACGUGGUGUGUGCAGGAAUUGCAGAGCAGCAUGGAUAUGGGUUCUCCUUCAUGGAAUUUUUCAGGUUGGGCUUCCCAAUGAUGAUUGUGUCCUGCAUCGUUGGGAUGUGUUAUCUUCUUGUGGCUCAUGUGGUGGUGGGAUGGAAUUAAUAGACAUCCAUCUGUCACUCGAAAACUAAAGGAAACUUCAUCCAUCACAACCCAUCAGUCAUAAAACUAUCCUGACACCACUGUUUGGAGAAGAAAAGGUGCUUACCCUGGAGAUGCUAUGGAGACACAGUGGAAUAGACCUUGACACUAACACUAAUUCCAGUGAAUGCUGAAACACCGUGGCCUCCUCUCUGUGUCCUUUCUCCCCAAGGACAAAAUGUAGAAAACGCGAGAUAACUUACUCGAGAUUCUCCUCCAGAAAAAUACGUAUGUUUCAAAACCCUUCCUGCUAUACAUAGGAAAAGACACACAUGCACCCAAAAUUGCUUGUGCUGUUUAAUUGUCAAUUCUCUUGAGGCUAAACACAGUUUGUUUUUUCUUGUAAUCACUUUUCAUGUUAAAAUAACCAGCACUCAAAUUGUAUGCUCUCUGAAUAUAGACUUUCUGGGAAAAGGUUUACUGCUUAUAAGGAAACAUUUUAUAUAUUAAACUGUUCCUUGAUAAAAGGCUUUGGAGUAGUUUACAUUAUGUAAAAUUGCAUUUUAUCCAUUUAUGUUUUUCUCUGCAGUUUUAAAGUUAUCAAUUAAAAGUCCAGAAAUUUGACUUGCCGAAGAUCAUAGAUAUCUUUUAAGGGAUAUUUUACACAUUUAACAGCCAAGAGUAAUGAUUUUCCAUUUUGCAAGUGGUGCAUGCUAUUUUCAUCAAUUAUGCAGGUGUACAGUGGAUACGCUCAGCCCUGCUCUCCCUGCAGAACACUGUGGCUCAGUCAGUGUUUAUUAAAUGCAGUUCUUUUGUGCAGCAUUCCUGAAAGGCAAAGGUAAUGAGAACAAAGAUCAAGGGGGAGCCCUGUGCUUCCUCCGAGGUGUCCUCUGCUCUGCCUCAUCAGUAUCAUGGUUAUGCCCCAGAGGAAGAAGCCCUUCUUCAGUUUCCGAUCUUCUGUGCAUACCUUGGAAUAAAAAUGUCUGGGGACACUGCUCCGAA